UCCGUCCAGACGGGCGCGCGCGCUCUUUUUGUGGGGUGCUGCGAGUAAAAAGAGAAAAGGUGACAGCACCGUAUGACAUUUCAAGAUCAUCUAGAUGGCUAGCCGGCCGCUAUACUAUUACUUUAGGUUGUCCAGGGCAUCCCCAGCGUUACGAGUCCAUUUGUAAACAAAGUUGAGAUACCCACACAACGUGCUGUCAGAGGAACAACGUAAAACAACAUAUCCUCGUGUGGUGGGUUAGCAAGGCACCACAAAGGCCUUGUUUGCAAUGUUACAACAGCAGUUACGGUCCUGGGCGGUUCGCUCUUGGAUUCGCGCCUCAUCUGCCACGCCGCACCAGCGCUAUGGAUCCUCCUACACAGCCAGCUCCGUCCACAGUGUGUCUGCAAACAUGUCGCAGUCCGCUGACACGACUUACGAUCGUUGGAAGGACAAAAUUCUGUACAGCUCGUACCUGGAAAGCAAUGUCCUGAAAUUGGGCUACAGGCGUAACAAGAUACUCGAGUCGAAAAUGAGGCAGCAGGAGAAAGAGCGACUCAGGACGGAAGCGCGUGCUAGCCCCUUUCCAGUCGCAUUGAUGCAGCUGGGCGAACAAGCAAGUGCUGACCUGUUUGGAAGGGUCGACAAAUCGGCAGACACUGGCGCGCCGGACGACACCGGCUCACGGUACCAGAUGCCUUACGAGCAACGUGGGAUUCGCGUACAGCGUAGCACCGAGGAAGCGGCGGACGAACACGAACCAACGCUCUCGACCGGUAGCUGGAUGUCGGACUACGAAUACUACGACGAAGCGGAACAGGAGGAUGACGAACGGAUGUCAUUCUAUGGCACGCCCGAUCCGCAUAUGCCUGCCUCUCACAUCCCAUGCGGUGGUUGUGGAGCCCUGCUGCACUGCAUCGACCACAGCAUUCCCGGUUACCUGCCUAGUCAGCUGUUUAAGGGGAAAUCAAAGGAGCAGCUAACGCACACCAUCUGCCAGCGGUGCCACUUCCUGAAGCACUACAACGUCGCGAUUAACGUGUCGGUCUCGUCGGAGGAUUACAUCGAGCUGCUGCUGUCGAUACGAAGCAAGAAAGCCUUGGCGCUGCUGUUGGUGGACUUGACCGAUUUCCCCUGCUCGAUCUGGCCCGGCAUGGCGGACAUACUUGGCCCGAAUCGUCCGGUGAUCGUGGCCGGUAACAAGGUUGAUCUCAUACCGCGCGACUGCCCCGGUUACCUGGAAAACGUGCGCAAAUGUCUCACGCAAAGCAUGAUCGAGUCCGGGUUCGCACGCACCAACAUCAAGCACGUGGCCCUCAUAUCCGCCAGCACGGGCUACGGCAUCGAAGAGCUCAUCACGAAGCUGCACAGCGUCUGGGGUACGCGCGGUGACGUCUAUCUCGUCGGUUGCACCAACGUGGGCAAGAGCACGCUCUUCAAUGCGCUGCUCCGGUCGGAUCUGUGCAAAGUGCAGGCAACCGAUCUUGUGCAGAAGGCCACGGCAAGCCCGUGGCCUGGCACGACCAUCCGCACCCUCAAGUUCCCCAUUCUGCGCCCGUCUGACUAUCGGCUCUACCUGCGCACGCAACGUCUGCAGCAGCAGCGCCAAGCGCUGCCCAAGGGACAGCAAGACCGCUCAGGCGAACCGGUGUCCCUGAUCGGUCACAUUGGCAGCACCUUCCAGCGGCCACGGGAAGAAUCAUUCGACAGCUUUUCCGUCACGCAGCGCAACGGCGCAAAUGUGCCGAUCCUCACGCUGAACGAGAAGAGCGAAACGUACGCCCAGAGCAAAUGGUGCUACGAUACGCCCGGUGUCGUGCAUCCGGCCCAGAUACUCGAUCUGCUCACGACGGAAGAGAUCCUGAUGGCACUGGCGAAGCGGACGAUCCGUCCCCGGGCGUACCUGCUGCGGAAGGGUAUGACGCUGUUUCUCGCUGGCCUUGGUCGGCUCGACUAUCUCGAUGGUCCCGAGUCGGUGCGUGUGAUGGUGUACGCAGCACCGACACUACCGACCCUAAUCACCUACACUACGGAUGCCGGCGAGCUGUACAGUGAUCUUCUCGGCUCGCCUUUGCUAGCCGUGCCGUUCGGCAGCGAGGAGCGACUAAAGCGAUGGCCAGAGCUGCGUGCAUCGCCGGACAUACUGCUGCACGGUACGUCCGCGAAGCAUAUUGCUGCUGGUGAUAUCGUGCUGUCCUCGGCUGGGUGGGUUGCGGUGCAUCUUCCCAUGCAAUCGGAGGCCACCUUUCGCGCCUGGACACCGGACCGACGAGGGGUGUGCACGAGGCAACCGUCGCUACUGCCACAGGGCCUAACGUUGCGGGGCAAACGGAUACGCGGCUCGCUAAGCUACCGCAGCACCUAG